AUGUCAUCAAUGUAUAAAAUUCCUCCGUUGAUGCCAGACGAUUUUGAUGUGGAGCCCAUUGACAUCAUGUACUCCAUCCCUACUUAUCACGGCUCGCAGUCCUCGAUGAAGGAGUCGGAUGUAGGAUGCAACGGACUUCCGGAUGACCUUAAUGCUCCAGUGAAAGCAAUCGAAAGGAAACAGCAAUCGCUGCUGAAGUCGAUCAAAGAUUUGGGGUCAACAUUGGACGCCUUGUUGCACGAAAUGAGAAAAUGUGGCGCUAGCCUGAGCGCGCCUGAGAAGAACACACCAGACGAAUUCGCUGCAUCUGUUUCUGAAUCUUCGGUGAAAGCUGGUGGAAAGAAAGACAAGGAUGCUAAGAAAGAGGCCCGUAAAGCUGCAAAAGCAGAGGCUAAGAGCAAAGUCGUGUCUUCGUCUGGAACAGACAAAACUUUAGAACCAGAAUCAGGAUAUCAGUGGGUUAUUCAUGAGGAAAAGCGAUCAACAGAAACAGGGCAGUCUCUUACUGCAUGCUUGCCUCCGGGACUCACUGAUUUCGAAAAGAAGAAGCUAGGAGAGCUUACUCUGUACGCUACUGAAGCAGAUAAGCCGUGGAUUGAAGUGCUUGCUCAUGUAGGCGACAAAAGAAAUGUUGCAUUUAAAGGGGAGGUGUCGAACAUCUGUUCGAAUGCCUCUACCUCUGUGGUUGUUUCAUUUGGAGAAAAAUUCUCAGCAGCAACGUCUGAAAGGACUCUAACAUGUCGAGUAUCCACGUGGAAGUUCUUAGGCUCUGCUCUAGGUCUAUUUUCGUUUAAAUCCAAUCAUUCCGUACAUUCGAUUCAUCAGCAUAGAUGGCUUUCUAAGGUGGAUCUGGUAAUGUCUGGGAAGCUUAGCAGAGACGAUAUUAUUCGUGAAGCAAGUAAAUUUUUGUCGCAAUUUGAUGCGCUCGGGUCACAAUUCGACUUUGGCAUCGCUGAUCUCGUCGCCAAGUCAGUGCUUAUUGGUACAUCCUCUGCUAUUCUUCCUAAUAAUGUUGAGUUGUGGUCGAGAAGAAUGGAUAGCGUCAUAUAA